AUGCUAUACUCAGAUAACGACAGUUUAUUAAACUAUACUCUUAAUUAUUCUCUUCAAGAAUUACCACAUUAUUUAACUUUUAACGAAGAUUCCGUCAAAGAACUUGUUAUUUAUAGUUUUUUAUUUGUUGUUGCCGCUGCGGGCAAUUUACCUGUUUUCAUCACCCUCCUAAGAAAUCGUCAUCGAAAAUCACGGAUUAAAUUAAUGUUGAUGCAUCUGGCAAUAGCCGAUUUAAUUGUUACUUUUAUUAUGAUACCUUUGGAAAUCAGUUGGAGAAUUACAGUCGAAUGGAUCGCUGGAAACACUGCAUGUAAAGUUAUGCUAUUUCUAAGAGCUUUCGGGCCUUAUUUAUCGAGUAUGGUACUGGUAUGUAUAAGUUUAGACCGAUAUUUUGCAAUUUUGCAUCCUCUUAAAGUAAAUGAUGCUCAACGUAGAAGUAAAAUUAUGCUAACGUUUGCUUGGGUUAUCAGUAUUAUUUGCAGCAUACCGCAG